CAUACCAAACGCUUACGAGAAUAGCCGCAGCUGGUGCCGGUUGCGUAAGGGGGAGGGCCCGGCCUUCGGACUUUAGUCGACCUGAGAGGAAAGUGAAAGGAAGCUGCAGCUUCAGCCUCUUCCGCUGCUGUCAAGACUGACGGAGAGUCCCUUCCUCGAUUACCGCCGCUGCCGCGUGAUGGCUGCUACCACCACCGCCGCUCUCCUCCGGGCUGCGGCCUCCUCCGGCUGCCGGCUUCUCUCGGCCUCCCGCGGGGCCGGAGGCGGCAGGGCUGCCGCUGCCAGCCUGGGCCCGUCGCGGCUGUUCCACGCCUCGGCCUGGGCGCCGUUCAGCUCAGAAGAUAAAGUUACUGUGCACUUUAUAAAUCGUGAUGGUGACAAGCUAACAGCCCAAGGGAAGGUUGGGGACUCUCUUCUAGAUGUUGUGAUUGAUAACAACCUAGAUAUAGAUGGAUUUGGUGCAUGUGAAGGAACACUUGCCUGCUCCACUUGCCACUUAAUCUUUGAAGAUAAUAUAUUUAAAAACCUAGAUGCAAUCACUGAUGAGGAAAUGGAUAUGCUGGACCUUGCCUAUGGAUUGACAGACAGAUCUCGACUGGGUUGUCAGAUCUGCUUGAAGAAGUCUAUGAACAAUAUGACUGUUCGAGUGCCUGACGCUGUUGCUGAUGCCCGCCAGUCCAUGGAUAUGAGCAAUAACUCUUUAAAAUAAGGCCUUCAGGGUAUUUUUUGGGACAUAAAAUAUUUUUAUAACUUAUUUCUAAAUGUUUUAAUGGAAUGAGAAAAUACACACAAAUAUGCAUUUUUGAUUAUAAAGAUUAGAUUGUAAAUAUUAACUUUAUCUGUUAGCCUUAAGAGUUUUUGAAUCUAAAAUUAGAGACCACUUAGAAAGACUAUGUUAGACACACAGGCUACAGUCCAAUACUCACUAAUCUAGGAGCAAGUUCCAAUUAAUUCAGUGUGACCUCUACACAGUGUAACUUCUACACAAACAUGCAGAGGAUUUCACCAACUGUGCCAUUUUGUUCCUAGAGGAAUGCUUCCUUUUUAUUAGCAUUUACUGCUAAUAAUUCUCCCCUCUUUGUAGGGGAGAAUUCCAUAAAUGGGUGUCACUACUGAGAAGUCCCUCUCCCCAGUUGUCACCCACGUAACUUCUGACUGCGGGAUCACCCAAACGAGGGCUUUGGCAUAUGGGCAGACAUUCCUUCUGGAUUUCUGGUCCUCUAACCUGUUUAUGAUUUCUUCUAGAAUAGCAUAUUACAUGAAAUAACACAUCUUAUAAGAACACAUUUACCAAGGUAAUUUCCAAUAUGCACUAGGGCAUAAAAGAAUGAAUCAAGAAAUGAAAUAAGCCAAGGGAGAUGAUAAUAAUUACUGUCUUCCUCCACUGGUCCAUGAGGACUGUACAAUUGCAUAAUGAAAAAAAGCCACAUUUAUCCUGCUCUGCCUCUUUUGUCCCCUUUAAUGCAUCUUGUACUCCAGUGGCACAGAAUAAAUGCAUAAACAAUACGACUUAAAA